AUGGUGUUUUGCCGCCAGUGCCAGGAUGAGGUCGAGGCGGAGAACGACGCCGCGGGCGGCUUUGCGGCCUGCCCCCAGUGCGGCCUCAUCCUGGAGGACAUUGCCUUCAGCAGCGACGUCCAGUUUGCAAAGGGCGCGGACGGCGAGGGCGAGCUGGUGGGCCAGUUUGUGUCUGAGACCGGCCAAGUGCGCGGCAUCGGCCGCAUGGCGGGCGGCAGGCUCUGGGGCGCACGGGGUGACAGCCACGACAUGGCUGUGAGCAAGGGCCGCGGCGAGCUGCAGGGGAUGAUCGACACGUUCCGCCUGCGGCCGCGCGAGGAGUGCCUGGAGGCGGCGCACCGCCUGUACCGCCUGGCACUGCAGCAGGGCUUCACCAAGGGGCGGCGCGUCAACCAGGCGCGCGGGGGCUGA